AUGGACCCCUACCCCCUAUAUUCGUCUGUGAAAUUCUACAAUAUUGUGAAUUCUUCAGACUUGAGAGAUGAAGAUUUAGCUAAGGCUGAAGUGGCAGUCUUGAGUAUUAUUUUGACCAUCACAAUGAUAGGAAAUGCCGGAGUAUUGCUUGCUAUAUACAGAAGAGUGAAAAAGAUGACCAGGAUGCAUCUCUUUAUUGUUCACCUUGCUAUCACUGACUUGGCAGUAGCCCUGUUUCAGAUUUUACCCCAGUUGAUCUGGGACAUUACUUUUCGAUUCAUUGGCUCUGACUUUCUUUGUAGGACUGUGAAAUAUACUCAAGUGAUGAGCAUGUUUGCGUCUACUUACAUGCUCAUGAUGAUGACUAUAGACAGAUACAUUGCAGUAUGUCAUCCACUAAAAACUUUGCAACAGCCAACACAACAUGCUUAUAUCAUGAUUGGGACUACAUGGAUUAUCAGUUGCCUUUUAAGUCUCCCUCAAAUCUUCAUUUUCUCUAUAAGGGAAAUUGAUCAUAACACAGGAAUUAUAGAUUGCUGGGCUGACUUUAGAUAUCCAUGGGGUGCUAAAGCCUACAUCACAUGGACCACCGUUUCUUUAUUUGUUGUGCCCGUUGGAAUCCUUGUAGUAUGCUACAGUUUAAUUUGCUGUGAGAUAUGCAAGAACCUGAAAGGGAAGAUUCAGACAUCAAGACAUAGGCAGGUGAUGCCCUCCAGAGUAAGCAGUGUACAAACUAUUUCCAGAGCCAAGAUCAGAACAGUAAAGAUGACUUUUGUCAUUGUUCUUUCAUAUAUUAUAUGCUGGACACCUUUCUUCAGUGUUCAGAUGUGGUCUGUAUGGGAUGAAAAUGCUCCAGAUGACGAUUCUUCAGACAUUGCAUUUACCAUCACUAUGCUGCUGGCCUGCCUAAGUAGUUGUAGUAACCCUUGGAUCUAUAUGUUCUACAGCAGUCCCCAAUUGUGUCCACGGGUCCCUCUUCCUCAUUCACACAGGCAGAAUUCUACGGGUAGUGCAUCAAGCCAUCGGGAUACCCUUCUGAUACAGAUUCGGACACACUCGUUGCAGAUGCAAGCCACGUGUCAGAGCAUUAGGGAUCUUUACCCAGCAUUUGAUGACACAGUCAUAGAAACAGGACUCCUCUAA